UUUUACUUUCUCUCUCUCUCUCACUCUCAGUUGAGGCUCAAUCUCGGUGGACAGAUCAUUCGGUGGCAUCCGAAUCCUGAAGAAGGUUGAGGAGAAACCGGACUCGACCUGCUACUUGUCUUAUAACCGAUUGAGACAUUUUAUACCCACAUAUUAUUCGUUAAUAAUCAUUCGUGGUUAUCGUGAUUUAGUCUGGAACUGAAUUCGGUGUUAUUACUUGCAUUUUUAUGUAAAUUCAAAUCAUAUCAAACCUAACACAUUUAUUGAAGCGUUUACAUAUCCUCCAUCAACACUUCCACUAACCAAUCGUAAUUUAAAACAGCAAUGGCGAAGUUAAUUGCAAUCGUGUUCCAUCUGCUAAUGGUGCUUCACUAUGGCUAUUCCAUCAAGGUCUAUCUACUUGACCUUAAACCGCCAGAGUUCAUGAAAAAGGUCAAUGACAUAUUCGGUGGACCUUUCAAGUUCCUGACUUUUUGGGAUAUGCUGGUCCAGUUCCUCUACUUCGUCGUCGCCUUCUCCAACGACCUCUUCGGCAGCAGCGUCCUGGAUCGCAAGAGGCAGUCUCUCCUGCAGAAGUUCCGGGAUUUCUCCUUCGCCACCGUCGUGUUCUUCUUAGGGAGUAUGGUGAGCAUCGUCUUCUGGUUGCUGUUCAACCUGAACCGCGACCUGAUCUUCCCCGAGCUGUUCGACGCGUGGUUCCCGUCCUGGUUGAAUCACGCCAUCCACACCAUGCCCUGUGAUUGGCGUCGUGGUGGAGUUGGUUCUCGUGCCGCACUCGUUUCCCUCGAGGAAAGCUGGCUUCGCGAUGGUGGCCGCUGUGUGUUUCCUCUACCUCGUCUGGGUCAGCUACAUCGCAUACCUCACGGGCUUCUGGGUAUACCCUAUCCUGGAAACGUUACCGAUGGCCGGUCGCGCCCUUUUCAUAGGCGCCUGUAGUCUCCUGUGCAGUUUUAUGUACGUUGUUGGGGAAUGGUUAAACAACAAGUACUGGGGUGCUCCCAUCAAGAAGAAAGUGAAAUAAUCAUCAAAUAUGAAUAUUAUUACUUCAAGAAAGCGCACUCAGGGAACACGCAUCCGCUCUCCGUUUGUCUUUUGUUUGUAAACGUUUGGCGAUUGUCUCUUAUUUAAAACGAUUGAUGAUAUUCUAUUAAUGUAGGGUGUUGCAGUGCAUUUUUAAUGUAUUUUGUCUAAAGUUUAUAUUUUUCCUUUCCUGAAAUCAAGAAUUAAAGUAUAUAAAUGUAUAUAUACUUUUUUUUUUUUUUUUUUUUUUUUUUUUUUUUUUUUUUAAGUUUACAUGAACCAGGUUAAAGAUCAGUCAUGUACUAACCCCGCCCCCCUUACAAAGAGGCUCAGUGGCAUUAAUAAAUGUGUUUUUUUAAUGUUUUUAUUAUUAUUAUUAUUAUUAUUAUUUUUUUUUUUUACAGGAUGUGUAUAUGGUUUUUCUUUUCUUAUCUAUUAUAUAAGUGCAUUUUUAUUUUCCUGUUCACCCCCCUCUUAAAUAUUCCGAUAUGUUAAGUUUCCUUUGUAAUUACCGAUAUUAUAAUUAACAUAAGGCAGCCGAAUCAAGUCCUAAUUUCGGGAUACUGCAUAUGCUGAUGAUUGCUAAUUCAAUAAUAUUCAUUACGUGUUACAGAUGAUUGAUAUGACAGAGGAGUAUCUGUUGUUCAUGUAUCAAGAUUAGAUAAAAGCUUUGUAAGAAAAAAUAAAGCAUUUUUCAUUUGAAGAUUCCGCUUAUUUUCUAACCAUUGUGCUUUGUACUGGAAGUAAUAAUUCUGUUUCACGUGGUGCACACACACACACACACACACACACACACACACACACACACACACACACACACACACACACACACACACACACACCUGAUUAAACUCACUUGUUGAAUUGGUAAUCAAGUAGGAUAUCUGUGCGAAUGUUUUGUUUUCUGUUUAAUAUCAAACAAAAAAACACAUAUGCAAAUACUUCAAACCAAAAUAUACGUUUAUUUGCUAAGUGCAUACAAUCAAACACAUACGAAAAGUUCAACGGUUAUGUAAUGUGUAACAUCUCUGUCUAGCAUUUAUCUUCUUAUUUCUAUUUUUCCCCUUCGUUGAAGUGUGCAACAUUGCGUAAUUAUUGUAUUCUUUUGUAACUUAUUUUGUGUAACAUCACCGUGUAAUAAAAUUAUCCUCAUUC